GGUAGACAGCUGUCCAGCACACUCUGCCCUGCUCAGUUUCAAAUAUGGGCAAGGUAAAAAUGGCACCCUUUGACAUGACAGCAAUUGCUGCUAAAAACAGAACUGACACCAACAAGAUAGGCGCCCACACCCACUAGGACAAGAGCAGAGGGCCCAUUUUCCAGCCUGACUCAGGGGAUACAGUACAGCUAGCAUUCAGAACGGAUCUUUUAACAACUUUACCAGCUUUAAUUGUUUUGUCCUCUCAGAUUUUAACAGUUCUCUAGUGGUGUUCGUCAAAAUGAACACCAUGGAAGACUUGGAAAAACAGCUGAUAUGUCCUAUAUGCCUGGAAAUGUUUACAAAGCCUGUGGUCAUCCUUCCUUGCCAGCAUAACCUCUGCCGAAAAUGUGCAAAUGAUAUUUUUACGGCUUCAAACCCAUAUCUUCCAACAAGGGGCGGCUCCUUGACGUCUGGUGGCCGCUUCAGAUGUCCCUCCUGCAGGCACGAGGUUGUGCUAGACAGACAUGGCGUUUACGGGCUGCAGAGGAAUCUGCUGGUGGAGAAUAUUAUUGAUAUGUUCAAGCAGCAGGAGUCGAGCAGCACAAAGCCUGAACCGGUGAAGAAGGAAGAAACGCCAAUGUGUGAAGUCCAUGAGGAAGAAAAGAUCAAUAUUUACUGUGUGACCCACGGUGUGCCCACAUGCUCUAUGUGUAAGGUAUUUGGAGAUCACAAAGACUGCGAAGUGGCACCUAUCAGCAGCAUUUAUCAGACCAAGAAGACGGAGCUGAGUGACGGGAUUGCCAUGAUGGUUGGUACCAACGACCGGAUGCAAGGCAUCAUUAGUCAGCUAGAGGAAGCCUGUCGUGCCAUAGAGGAGAAUAGUCGGAGGCAGAAGACGGUGGUGUGUGAGAAGUUCGACCAGCUGUACACAAUUCUGGAGGAGAAGAAGAGGGAGUUGAGUCAGAAGGUGACAGCCGAACAGGAAGAGAAGGUUAACUACAUCAGGGGACUAACCAGGAAGUAUGGAGACCACCUGGAGGAGAGCUGUAAGACAGUGGAGAUGGGGAUCCAAACCAUGGAGGAGCAGGAGAUGGCUGUCUUCCUGCAGAACUCAAAGCCCCUCCUCCAAAAGAUUGCAGAGGCAUCCAGUACAGCGCACUUGGAUAAAGUUGAACGUGGCUACGAGAACAUGGAUCAUUUUAAAGUGGACUUCAGGAAAGAGAGCAAGGCCCUGCGCUCCAUCGAUUUCAUCCAAGACAAUGAUGAUGAUGAUGAAGACAAUGAGGAUGGAGAGGCAGACGCCGAGGAGGCAGAGGGAGCCCAGACUGGUUCUGCAGGCGCCGCCGUUACAGCUUCCUCUGUACAUGCGACGCCGCCUCAGGCCGCAGUCAACGCCUCCACCAGCACAGCCAAGAGCGCUGCCUCAACCUAGCCGUCAGAAACAGUAUGAGUGACGCUCCUAGAUGUUAAUUUCAGGUCAGUUGUAAUACCUUUUUUCUGAAAUCAGGGAACUGUGAGCCAGAAUUAGAUCUGCGCUGUAGGGAAAGCUAGAGUUGCAGGGUUAGAUCUAAAGGAGGCAAAGUUUCAGUUCAACUCUGUCAGUUUUACUGUAUUGUGUUAGAAUGCAUCACUGCAUACUAACCAAUCCUAUUGCUUCUGUUUUGGAUUAAAUACAUGUAUCAUUGUGCGGUUUUUGGACAUACUAAGUGACAGACAGACUAUACGUGUCUAUUGAUGAUUCCCAAUAGUCUGAAUUGUUCAUGUAUUUUUUUAUGUCGCUGACCUUUAUCAAGUCAGUGCUCACAGCAUCAUUAGGACACACGGCAAGAGGGCCUCAGGUUGUCCUCCCCAUCGUAUAUGUUUUUAUGACUGAUACAACUUUAUUAGUUGAGUAGCAGACUAAAAACUGGUGCUGCGACAUUUUGGAAUUUCAUUAAGAGGCAUCCUGGAUUAUGUGUCAGACACUUUGUUGCAUAAGAAGUGUAUUUUCCUAUUAUGAAAAAAGCAUUUUAGUCUGAUUUUUGCUAUAUUGUAUAGUAAUCUGUUGUUAAAAUAGAAUUUCAACAAUAUAAUGGUUGUUACCAGAAUAACACACCUAAACUUACAUGUGAUAGUUUAAUGUUACAGAUGUUGCUGUUUUAUAUGUUUUCUGAAGUGAAUGUGAAAAGGGAAUUUACUUAUUUUUUUCUGAUUUUUCUUUUAAAAGAAGCCGGCAUUAGAUCUCUUUCUUGGCCAUUUCUCUUAGCAGGUGUUAGUUUAUUCCUAUUACUACUGAUGUCACUGUUAUUCAUGUCUGUCUGAAAUGAAAUACACAGGAAAAAUUUAUCACUUUUUUCCCUUUUUGCAUAUUUUUUAUCUCAAAUAAAAUGAAAAUCA